AUGUAUAAUCACGCCUAUAAAGAGCUGAUCACCAAGCUCCAAGUCUCCCAGGAAGAUGUCGAUUUCUUCGCCAACAUGCCUUUCGCCCGUCCCUACAUGGACAACACGAGUCUCUACCAGCCCGUUCCCUUCGUCUCAAGAUACGACAAGGGUGACUUAUCCGACAAGUUCUUCAACAGAGCAAUCAAGUCGCACGACACCAUCCCAAGGGCUCUGGCUUUCAUGCAAAGGCCAGGUUCCCUGCAUAGCCCACCGACAGACGGAGACGGCACAGAGCUGUCACAAAGCGCAGAAAAUCCAUUUUUCAUUACAUUUUGCCAAAUUGAGUCCGGGGUGAACGGUUACAUCGAUACCGCACACGGAGGAGUGCUGGCAGCUCUGUUUGAUGAGACAUUAGGUCUCUGUGCCGAGUCCUACCGGGUCUUCGUCUCAGAAGAAGGCGGGCAUCUAUUGACAGCGAGUCUUGAAGUGUCAUACCGCUCCCCUGUGCGUACUCCGAGUGCGGUUGUCAUUAAAACGUGGGUGAGGCGGAAGGAAGGUAGGAAGUGGUUCCUUGAGGCACAGCUUCUGGACCAAGACGGUUUGCUGAAAGCGGAGGCGAAAUCACUGUACAUAGGGCUGAAACCUGCGCUAUAG